AAACACAAACAUUUCUAGCAGACUCUUUCCCCUGGCGGUGCUGGCAAGAGGGUUGCACCAUGAAGACCAUCAUCACCUCCCAGUCCAUCACCAUCCCCAAGAAUGUGGAGGUCAAGGUGGCCAAGCGGGUGGUCUCCGUCAAGGGGCCCCGCGGCACCCUGCGUCGCUCCUUCAAGGACAUGAAGCUGGACAUGAAGGCAAGGAAGGUGAAGAAGGGAACCAUCGUGAGCGUUGACAAGUGGUUCGGCAACCGCAAGGAGGUGGCCGCUGUGCGGACUGUCUGCUCCCACAUCUCCAACAUGGUGACGGGUGUGACGGUGGGCUUCCAGUACAAGAUGCGUGCGGUGUAUGCCCAUUUCCCCAUCAACUGCGUCAUCUCCAACAACAACAAGACCGUGGAGAUCCGUAACUUCCUUGGCGAGAAGUACAUCCGUAAGGUGGAGAUGGCCCCAGGCGUCACCAUCGCUGCCUCCGCCAAGAUGAAGGACGAGUUUGUCAUUGAGGGAAACAACGUGGAGGCCGUUUCUCAGACUGCCGCACGCAUUCAGCAAAGCACCACCGUCAAGAGGAAGGAUAUCCGAAAGUUCUUGGACGGUGUGUACGUGUCUGAGAAGGGCCACGUUGUCGAGGAGGAAUAAACUACGCGAUUGUAAAA